GAGUAGUUUGGAAACCAUUGAUUGCGAAACGACUCCGAUUGAAGUGACUCAGUUUUUUCUGUUAUGGCACCGACAGGAGAAGUUGUGAUCGGCAGUGAGGCACGGGUAUGCGCAGAGAACCUUCUGCGAUGGGAUCUGACACCGGACGAAAUCCAGCGGCUGGCCGACGAGCUGAUAGCCAAGACCAAGCGCGUGUACGAUGCCGUGGGCGCCCUGGAGUUGUCCAGCGUCACGUAUGAGAACACCCUGAAGGCUCUGGCAGAUGUGGAGGUGGAAUACACGGUUCAACGCAACAUGCUGGACUUCCCUCAGCACGUUUCCUCAUGCAAAGAUGUGCGCACGGCCAGCACUGACGCUGAUAAGAAGCUCUCUGAGUUUGAUGUGGAGAUGAGCAUGAGAGAGGAUGUGUACCAGAGGAUUGUGGCACUGGAGGAGAAGCUUGAUGCUGGUGCUCUUAGUCCGGAAGCUAAGAGAUACAUGGAGAGGCUGAUCAAGCUGGGCAAGAGGAAUGGCUUGCACCUCCCUAAAGAGACACAAGAAGAAAUCAAGAAGAUCAAGAAAAAACUCAGCACUCUGUGUAUCGAUUUCAACAAGCACCUGAAUGAGGAUACUACCAGUCUGUCUUUCACCAGAGAGGAGCUUGGUGGUCUCCCUGAGGAUUUUCUCAGCUCUUUGGAGAAGGAUGAUGAUGGGAGCCUAAAGAUCACUCUUAAGUACCCUCACUACUUUCCCACUAUGAAGAAGUGUCAUGUCCCAGAGACACGCAAGAAGCUUGAGCAGGCUUUCAAUUCUCGCUGCCAAGAGGAGAACUCGAACAUCCUGAAGGAGCUGGUGAAGCUUCGUGCCCAGAAGAGUGCUCUUCUGGGUUUCAGCACCCAUGCUGACUUUGUGCUGGAGAUGAACAUGGCCAAGUCUAGCAAGAAGGUCUCCACUUUCCUAGAGGAGCUGGCUCGCAAGCUGAAGACCUUGGGUGAGGAGGAGCGAGCCGUGAUGCUCAAGCUUAAGGAGGCAGAGUGCCAAAAGAGGGGACUGCCCUUCCACAGCCAGCUGCAUGCCUGGGAUACCCGCUACUACAUGACACAGGUGGAGGAGACUCAGUAUGCUGUGGACCAGAACCUGCUGAAGGAGUACUUCCCCAUGGAGGUGGUGACCCGUGGCCUGCUGGACAUCUACCAAGAGCUGCUGGGGCUGUCCUUCGAGCUUGUAGAGGGCGCCCCCGUGUGGCACGAGGACGUCACCCUCUACUGCGUGAAGGACCGCGAGACGGGCCAAGUCGUCGGUCAGUUUUACCUGGACCUCUUCCCAAGGGAGGGGAAGUAUGGCCAUGCCGCCUGCUUCGGCCUGCAGCCCGGAUGUCUGCUGUCUGAUGGGACCAGACAGAUGGCAGUGGCUGCUAUGGUGGCCAACUUCAGCAAGCCCACGGCAGACGCGCCCUCUCUGCUGCAGCACGAUGAGGUGGAGACCUACUUUCACGAGUUCGGCCACGUCAUGCACCAGCUCUGCGCCCAGGCUGACUUUGCCAUGUUCAGUGGAACCCAUGUGGAGCGAGACUUUGUGGAGGCUCCCUCUCAGAUGCUGGAGAACUGGGUGUGGGAGAAGGAGCCCCUGCAGCGCAUGUCCAAGCAUUACAAGACCGGCAGCCCCAUCCCCGACGAGCUGCUGGACAAGCUCAUCAAGUCCCGUCUGGCCAACACUGGCCUCUUCAACUUGCGGCAGAUUGUGCUGGCCAAGGUGGACCAGGCGCUGCACACCAAGACUGGUUUGGACCCAGCUGAGGAGUAUGCCAGGCUGUGCCAGGAGAUCCUGGGUGUGCCAGCGUCCCCUGGAACCAACAUGCCAGCUACGUUUGGCCACCUGGCUGGUGGUUAUGAUGCUCAGUAUUACGGUUAUCUGUGGAGUGAGGUCUUCUCCAUGGACAUGUUCUAUGCCCGCUUUAGGCAGGAGGGCAUAAUGAACCCCAAGGUCGGUUUGGACUACAGGACCUGCAUUCUGACACCUGGUGGAUCUGAGGAUGCAGCUGACAUGCUGAAGAAAUUCCUAGGGCGGGAGCCAAAGCAGGAAGCCUUCCUCCUGAGCAAAGGACUAAGUGUGGAGCUGGAGUCAGGUACUCCAUGUGCCUGCUGACCAAGCCCGCUCGCACCCUCAAAAAAAACAAAACAAAACAUGAAUGCCCCUCUGUGGACGACGGGCAUCUGAGACUGAACAUCGGUUUUCUCCUUAAAAAAAAAUUGUACCCAGACUUCCACAGCUCACCCAUCCCUCCCUCUCCCCUCACUUGUGCUGUGUUUUUUUCAGAGUUUGGGGUUUGUUUUAACUUCACUGAAUUGUAUUCAAACUGGGAUAAGAGAGGAAAAAAAAAACAUAAAGAACAAAGAAUUUAUUGAAGUCGUUUUGGGUGUUCUCUCAG